CCCAGGGAACGUGCGCCAGACUGACAUUCAGCUCGAUGGUGAACAUAAAUAGCUGAUGACGCCCCAGAGACGAAAAAAAUCAUCAAAUCACCCCCCUCUGCGUAGUCGUCAGCUCACCUCCGACUUCAACAUUCAAAAUGGCCAAACUCGUUGUUUGGAGAUGGAACCUUGAAGCGCCUCCCACUGCAAACGCAGAGAAUGCAGUGCCUCUGGAAGAAACACCAGAGGAUAAUGUUAACAUUACAUCCGACAAUAGAAAGCUCGUCCCAGUGGAGGACAUCAAGGAGGGUGGAAAGUAUCGAUCCAUAUUGAAAGUCAUGGUGCAGAGGGGAAGGAGUCAGAAUUGGUACAUGGGGACUGGUUGGCUUCUUACCGAUGAUAUCCUUGCCACAUCGGCCCAUCUUGUGUAUGACAGGAAGACUGGUGAAAAAGCCCGUGCCUUUAAAGUGUGGAUGGGGUACAACGGUAAGAAUGCGGAUCCGUUGAAAACAGACACAAUCUAUCGCCAUAGAAUUGCUGUCACCGCACUAAACGAAUAUACUGCAUUGCUUGAUGGCACCAGGGAUGUAGCCUUUGUCAAGGUUAAUGAGAAAUUCCCCAAUGUCUCGCAUCGAUUUGACUAUAUUGGCACUCCUACUACCGGGAUCGGAAACCUCGGGAUUGUUGGCUACCCCGGUGACAAGUCUAGCAAUGGGGAAAAUGGUGCCCAGAUGUACGAACACUAUGAGCAGACUACAUGGAACUUGAACAAUACCGCAGGAAACGUGCUGGAGUAUAAUCACGUAACGGAAGGAGGCGAAUUGGGAUCACCCGUGCUGUGGAACAGACCGGGUCAACCCCUUGUGUCUAUCGGCACCCACCGCGGUGUGCAUGAGAAACGGGCUGUGGGCAUUGGUAUCCCGAUUUCCGGGCAAUUCGAUUAUCCCUACGAUUCAGGCAUACUCGCAUUUACUGAAACCCCAACAAGAUCUAGAAACGGAGUUGAUUACAUUGGUGUGGAAAGGAAGAUUAGGCAUGCGUGAUGCCGAAGUGAUGCCAAUAGAACAGACACUAUUUGUAUGAAGGUCAAGUGGUAUCAAAUUAGCAU